UUCUGACAUCUCGACCAUCACAAACCCCGAACAUGAUAGCACGUGCCUAAUUCCAGAGCUUUUGCACUUGUCAUCACCCUCUUUUCAACAUGGCAUCAGUAUUCCACUUAUUCUCAGCUCUUCCAACGGAGCUUAGGCUGCUAAUUUGGAAAGAUGCGAUCCGGCCAGAUCUACCAGCGGCCCAUAUUCUACGCCUGCGUGAUCCUGGUUCCGAUAUCCUAGACCGCCCACGAGACUCGAUCCAUUUCCCCCGACUCCACAAAGUACACCCAUUGCUUUCACAGCCGGGUGAUUGUGCAGCUAUUCCAUUGUUGAAUAAGUAUAUCGACGGCAUCGGCAAUGAUAGCUAUUCCAACAUAUCGGCAUACUUAAUCGACGCCGGCUUGUGGACAGCUUACCAUGAAUCAAGACUCAGGAUGCAGAAAACCUUUUUGUUUGACCCACGGCGCUACAGGUCCUGGACGUGGACGGGGUAUUAUAUCUCUGGUGGUGCUCCAUUAUAUAUCACAAUCCGUUACAACGAAGACCUAGUUAUCAUACAGCCCGAUAAGUUCGACCUCGAAUGCUUGGAUGGUGAAAGGCUGAGCCUCUUGUAUAGCUUAAAAAACAUCGGCAUCGAGUACAGACCGGAAUGGGGGAUUGAGCUAAACGAACAAGACGAAGGAGGCGAUGAUGCCCUUGCAUACUGGAACGUUUUUGACUUCGUUGGUGGUAGGAUCAGUGGACUAACCGUUUGGUUGAUCGACCAUAACCUAAGACGCAAGAUGGACGCCCCCCCUUAUGUGGAAAAGCGCAUUAGAUUGGCUCACGAAACUGACAAUAUUUCUUUCUAUGCGGCCGAUAGGAAGUUCUCCAGCAUUGGACUUGAGAGCAAGGACGAGGAGUGCCUGGAUCAUUGGGAAUACAUCAACCCCGUUACAGAUGGAGAUUAUGGCAAGUUCUCAUUAUACUUCGCAGAUCGAUUGUAUGAGUUGUACAAGGACAGAUUGGAUGAGAAUGAGGGCCACGCACCACGUUUUGGGUUUCUUGGGUGGGAUGGCCUUUGACUUUCGGUUACGUGCUUGCACAGCUAGAAUCGACACAUCAACAUGUCUAAUUUGCCAAAUCAGAUUACAUCGUCACUGGUUUCAAACCACCCGAGCAUAAACAUUUGCUGUGACUAGUAAUUAUCCUCAGUCCAUACAAACUUAUAACCACCCACACAGAUCGAACGACACACAACUUGUC